UUUUUUAUUUUCUGAGUUUUUUCUUGACCUUUGUGGUUGCUGGGCGACUGGUGUGUCUGGUACCUGCUGCAGCAACUCUCAGAAAAUGCCACACCGCUUGUUCUCUUCAAUCGAGGAGGAGCUCUUAUUGAUCUUCCAUGGAGCUCCAACAUGACCGAGCUGUGCUUAAAAGAUCAGAUCGGUGAAAGAGAAGAACCUACCUUCACAAACAAACGCGGUCUCUCUGCCCAAUGCUCGAGUUUUGAAGCUUAAAAAGUACUUCUUUCACUGGAAGGGGAAGCUAUGGAUACCUUUCUCUUUCCCUUUUGCUGAAGAUCUCGCUCUUUUCAGCUCAAAAAACAGCUGGUCUGUCUGUUGGAUAUUGCAACACUGCCACCAUGCUGAAGCAGAUUCUGAGCAAACUACCUCGGAAGCUGCCAAAAGCCGACCGAGAUUCUGCAGGGAGUGAUUCUGGCAACACUACUACCAAUUUGGGCAGUGGCUUUCAAUGUACAAACGUUGGUAGUGCUCUUUCAAGCAAGUUAAAUGUUGUGAAACGGGUGUCUUCGGCAGUUUUUCCCACAAGCACUGCAACUGGAGUUGAAGCAGUGGAAGCUCAUCUAUCCUUCAAAGAUGUUUCGAAUUCCCAAAAGCAGAAUCUUUUCGUCAGCAAGUUGAACCUGUGCUGUGAGGUUCAUGAUUUUAAUGAUCCAGAUAAGCAAGAUAUUAAACGUCAAGCAUUGAUAGAGCUCGUUGAUUUUGUUUCUGCUGGAUCUGCAAAGUUCACUGAACCAGCAAUUGCUGCAUUGUGUAAAAUGUGUGCAGUUAACCUGUUCAGGGUUUUCCCACCUAAAUAUCGUUCUAAUUGUGCUGGGGGUGAGACAGAAGAUGAAGAACCAAUGUUUGAUCCUGCUUGGUCACAUCUGCAAAUUGUGUAUGACCUACUUCUUCGAUUUAUCAGUUAUAGUUCUCUCGAUGCAAAGGUGGCCAAAAAGUAUAUAGAUCAUUCUUUUAUUUUGAGAUUACUUGACCUCUUUGAUUCUGAGGACCCAAGGGAAAGAGACUGUUUGAAAACAAUCCUGCAUAGAAUAUAUGGGAAAUUCAUGGUCCACAGGCCUUUUGUUCGAAAGGCUGUUAGCAAUAUCAUCUAUCGAUUUGUUUUAGAAACUGAGCGACAUAAUGGAAUUGCUGAGCUGUUGGAGAUUUUUGGGAGUGUAAUUAGUGGGUUUGCGUUGCCUUUGAAGGAGGAACACAAGAUGUUCCUAUGGAGGGCCAUGAUUCCCCUGCACAAACCAAAAUCAAUUGGAAUUUAUCAUCAACAAUUAACCUAUUGUGUUGUACAGUUUAUAGAUAAGGAUCCAAAGUUGGCCAGCACUGUGAUUAAGGGACUGUUGAAGUACUGGCCGGUUACAAAUAGCCAGAAGGAAUUGAUGUUUAUAAGCGAGUUGGAAGAGAUUUUGGAAAUGACCAGUAUGGUUGAGUUCCAGAAGAUCAUGGUCCCUCUGUUUCGGCGCUUAGGAUGCUGUCUCAAUAGCUCUCAUUAUCAGGUGGCUGAACGUGCCCACUUGCUAUGGAAUAACGAGCACAUCCUUAAUCAUGUCUCACAUAACAGGCAGGUGAUUCUGCCUCUAGUGUUCUCAGCUCUUGAGCGGAAUGCAAAGAAUCACUGGAAUCAAGCUGUGCUCAACCUGACUCUAAAUCUGAGGAGAAUGCUUUCUGAGAUGGAUGAGGAGCUGGUGAUUGCCUGCCAACGUAAGUUGGAGGAGGAAGAUUCAAGGUUAAGUGUGGCAGCUGAGAAGCGGAGAUUGACAUGGGAACGCCUGGAAAUUGCUGCUGGCCUCCAACAUUAGCUGGUAAUAUCUUAGUUCCGUAAAACCUGGCUCGUGCUGUGUCUCUUGCUAAUUACGUCGGUAACAAUCUGUGGGAAACAAAUCAGAAAAGUCAUUUUCGCAGCUUUAUUAUAGUACUGGACAUAGGUUGUUGAAUAUUACCUAGACUGGAAUGCCAAUAGGGUUUCCAUCUGCACUAAGAUGCUGUGUUGUAAUUGUGUUGAGUGGUUAUGCUGCUGCCUUGAAGGUUCUUUCUGUGCACAGGAGGUUGGGUUGACGGGAUUGCUUGCAAUUGUGUGAAUUGAUCUCUCCUGUAUCGUUUGCCCAAGAGCUGAUUGUUCUUACUUCUUACCUAUAUUUCUAUUUA